AUGGCUCCUAAUAAAGAUUCGAUGGAUGGAUCUUGUUGUGGCAAAGCCCAAGUAUAUCUUGAUAAGCUGACAAAUGGAAAGAAGGACAAGUUGAUUAUCUUCAUACCCCAAGGAAAAUAUUUUCGACCAAUUGGUGAACAUGAAAGAAAGUUGGCAUCAUGGUUAGGAUAUUGUGCAAGAUCUUGUGGUCCACCUAAGAAGCCUUGGAAUGCUAUUGAAGCUCGAUAUCGUACUCGUUUAUGGAGUAUGAUUCAGGAUUACUUUGAUGUAAGUCAUGAGAGUCCAAAAAAAUGGAAGAAGCUUGAGGAAAUGCAAAAGGUGAAGCCUGACACGGCUGAGAUAAAAAAAGCUAAGUUUGAAUUCUAUUGUUUCUAUGAGAUGAAAAUAUUAUAUUGCAAAUGGAAAUACAAGCUACACCUUAAGUAUUUGAAGUACUCAAGUGAUGAUGAACGACUGCAACAUGUUCCUGAAGGAUUGACUGUGGAUACUUGGAAGGAAAUGUUCAAAGUUUUUGCUAAUGAGGACUUUCAGGCCUUAUGUUCCACCAAUACAAAUAAUCAUGCUAGUCAAAGAAUUAUUGCUUCAACUGGUCCCACUCCUUUUGCGCAAGUAGAGUAUGAUAUGAUGGAUGAGGAGAUUGGUGAAGUACCAUGUGCUUCUGAAGUAUGGAUGGCUACACAUGGGUUCUUGGAUGAGCAAGGCCAAACACAAUGGCAUGAUCCAGAAUCAUCAAGGAUAUAUGAAGAGAAGCAAAGGAUUGAGAAACAACCAACAAAUGAUAAUGAGAUUGGUCCUGCUCCAGAUGAUAUUUUAAAAGAGGUGUUUGGUGUUAGAUCUGGUUAUGUCCAUGGUAAAGGAUUAGGAUACAAAGCAAGCACUAGACGAAUGGCAUGUGGUUUUAGAAAUGAGGAAUUAAAUGAAUUGAGAGAUGAGGUAGCAAGGUUGAAUGCUUGUUUGAAGGAACAAGAACAACGCAAUAAUGAGAUAGCACAACUAAAUGCUCGACUCAAGGAACAAGAAGAGCGUAAUUUGGAGUUUUUUAAAAGAUUUGAGAGUGUGAUAGGAUACAAAUCAUCAGAAAGUCAGGAUAUGACAAUAGAUUAA